AUGACGGAACAAGUUGCUAGUACGCUAAUGUUUUGUGAAACAGCUAGAGAAGUGUGGACACAAGCAAAAGAGUUGUAUUCAGGUGUCGACAAUCUCUGUCGUACGUAUGAUCUUCAUCAGUCUUUCUUUAAUAUAUCUCAGGGUGAUGAUUCUUUUGAGGAUUAUUAUGCUACGUUCCGGCGUAUUUGUAAUGAGUUGGAUAUCUGUGAGCCACUUUCUGCUGAUAUUCAAGUCAUACGGUGCCAGCGUGAGUGCAUGAGGGUUACUCGUUUCUUAUAUGGUGCAUCAUCCACUUUCAAACCUAUGGGUAAUCAGAUUUUGUGGGAUCGUGAUUUACCUCCUCUCAGUGAGGUAUUCAGUCGUCUCCGGCAGUUAUCGUCUAUUUCUGGUACACCGGCUCCUGACCGAUCUGCUUUGACUUCCGCUGUUUCUGAUAGCUCUGUGUUCUCAGUUAGUCGUGGCCUUGGUCGCAGCCGUGAUUCUGGGUUUCGAGGUUGUGGUCGCAAUUUUGGGAUGAAUGGUCGUGGUUCUGGUGGCCGUAAAGACACUGUUAUUGGUGGUCGAGAUGAUCGUACAUUUAGUAGUGGUGGCCGCAUGACAGAGGGAGGUCGCGGUCGUGGCCGUGGUGCUCAGUUGUGUACUUACUGUGGGGUGACCAAUCAUUGGGUGGACACAUGUUAUGAGUUGUAUGGCUUCCCUCAGGCUCAUCAGGCCAUUGUCUUUGAGGAUACUAGACAAUUUGCUCAAUCUUCUGCUGAUAGUGUGGUUGUUUCAGCUGAUGAGUACCAGCGUUUAUUGUCAUUUCAGAUUGCAACAGGAUCUUCCAUUGCUAUGCUUUCUCAGAUCGGUCCAUCUAUUGCUUGUCCAGUUGGUAGAUCAUCUCAUGUUACCUUGGCUGAUGGCUCUACCACAACUGUUACUGGUUUUGGUUCCGUCCCUGUCACUUCCUUUCCUACUUUGUCAUCUGUUUUACAUGAUCUCCAGACGGGGAAGAAGAUUAGUGGGGGCACUGAACAAGGUGGCCUAUAUUACCUAACUGAUCCUCAGCCUGCAGCUCUUCAAACAUUAGAAUCUCCCUACCGACAACACUGUCAUCUUGGUCAUCCUGCUCUUUAG